UCAUCCCGAGUUUCUUGCUGACAGACAGACACACGGACAGACAAACAGAGACACCGACAGACACAGAGAUGAUCUGUGAAUGGAUUCUUGUCUGAUGUGUUCCGUACCUGCUGCUCGCGAGUAAAGGGCGGUUGCGCAAUUGGGGAUGACGAAGAAACUGGUAUCUGGCGCUUUGCCUCCCUUGGUGAUAAAGUCGUCAAGUGCCCGGAACAGGUGCUCGUCAAGGGCCGCGUACUUCGCAUCUGACCGCCCCAGCGGCUCCAGGUGGACAAUGCUGGAGAUGGGAAGACUUUCCUUGCCAAUAAGGCUCUCCAGCUGCUCAUCAGAGGGUGCGAUGAUCAGUAUGGUGAGAGGCAAUCCCGUCAGCCACUUCGUCGCUUUCGUUCCGUCUUGGUGGCUGACGGGCGCAGAGAGAUGGAACCCACCGUCACCAAAUAUAAAACGUAGGCAGCAAUUCCCCCUGAAGAGGUACACAGACAGAGCCCCGCGCGUCACGGACUCCGUCGCCGACACUGUCACUGCCUUCGCAAUCUCUGUCACCGUCCCUUACCGCCGUGAAGAAGCCAAACCGAUGAGAUUGUGCUGUGUCGGCAUUGCUCCUGGAGGGGUCGGGCAAUGCCGACAGAGAAUGCAGACACAAUGAGAGAGGGAGGCCUUCCGACGACCAGUCAAUCUUGCAAACCUUGUGGAUGGCGUACGUGGCCGGCGACAUUUGAAGAGCUUGUCGAAUAUAAAAUGUAGGCAGCCAUUGGUGAAAGAGACGCCUGAAGGGCACACAAACACGAGGCACACGUGCGCACGGGCAUGCAGACGACGGCCGCCAACAUACCUGAAGCAACCACACCACACGCACACAAUCAGACACCCACCCCUCUCACCACUGGUGCCAUCGGUGGGUUACCUGUUGGGGUAUUUCGUUGUGCGAUUUCUCUGGUGAGUCCUCUCGAAGUGGUUGAGGAUCAAGUCCUUGGCGGACGACGACACCGACGCACCAGUGCAGUCGGAGCAAUACCUACUCCUCCAGCUGCCGUUGUAGUUGUCAUAAAGGAUGCCACUGUCCACUGGCGGGUCGUCCUGUAGUCGGUGCUGCAU